AUGAGAUUAAACUUAUUAUCAAUCAUUUUAGUUAUCUUUGCUCUUGCAACUUCCGCUUUAGCUCACCGUGACAAUAACUGUCCAAAAUCUCCAUACUUCCCAGUUGCACCAGCUGAUUUAAUUAAAGCUGAAGAUUUAUCACCAGCCGAUAAAGUCUUCCAUGAAACCAAUAUGAGAGUUGCAAUCGAUGUAACCAAAGCAAUUAACCAAAAAUUCGGUGCUGCCAUCUUCCACUCCAAUGGUACUUUAAUGUGUACUGGUGUAAAUACUGGCCAAACAUCUGCAAUUUUACAUGGUGAGAUCCGUGCUAUUUUAAAUUGUUCAGAACUUUAUGGUAAGACCACCUGGGAAGGUUAUUACUUGUACACCACCGGUGAACCAUGCCCAAUGUGCUCUGCUGCAAUCAUGUGGGCUAAAUUCGAUAAAGUUAUCUUUGCUUCCUAUGUCUCUAACAUGUAUUGUGAACGUUGUUUCAACCAAUUACCAAUGGAUGCUGUUGAAAUCUUCAAAUUAGGUUAUGGUAUUAACAAGAACACUGUUGUCAUUGGUGGUGUACUCCAAGAAGAAACCGACGUCUUCUUCCCAUCAUUAUGUAGCACUGGUUCCAAAUGGGGUGUCACUCCACUUUGUCAAGAAGGUUGGAAUAGAGAUUGCCCAAGAAAAUCAAGAUACUUUGGUUUCUAA